GUCCCCUCUGGUGACUUCAGGGUACCAGCACCCUCGCUGACGGUGGAGGAGCUCCGUGCCUUCCUGGAGCAGAUGAACCAGUUGCCCUGCGUCAUGCACCAGAUCGGGGAGGUCCAGGCCUUGCUGGAGCGGGUGGAAGCUUUCCAAGCGGAGGCACGGGCAGCGCUGGAAUCGGCUCCCCCAGGACCGGGGGCUCUGCGGGGGUUGCUGGAACGAGGAGCUCGGUUGGGUGUGGAGGUAGAGAGCGGGCGGUUGGAACGGCAGCUAGCCCAGGCCGCUUGGUUGGAGGAGGUGACGGCCACCUUACGGUCCCCGCGUGCCCGCGUCCCCCUUCCCGUCAUGCGGGGUCUCAUCCAAGCUGGCCGAACCGUCGCCCCCAGCCCGGCCGUCGAUGUGGCCAUGGCUGAGCUGCAGGAGCUGCUCACCAUCGCUCAACGUUGGGAGGAGAAGGCUCAGAUGUGUCUGGAGGCCAGGUCAGGAUGCGGCCUCCGGCCACGGUGGGACUCUGGGGAUCCCCUGUGAGCCAUAUGGAUCCCACUGAUCCCUUGCGAGCACAGGGUGGACACCGUGGGAUCCAGUGGCUCCCUUGUCAGGAGAGGGAGCGCUGUGGGCCUCUAGCAGUCCCCUAUAGAUCCCUCAUCAGGAGCGGGAGAUCGUGGGACUCCAGGGAUCCUGCGUGAGCCCUGUCGGAUCCCCUGUGGUAUUGGGACCCAGUGGAUCCCUCAUAAGUACAGGGGGUACUGUGGGAGCCUCUAAGAGCCCUAUAGAUCCCUUGCAAAUACCAGGACAGUAUUGGACUCCAGGGAUCCCAUGUGAACCCAGCAGAUCCAUGCAGGGCCGGGACCCAGUGGAUCCCAUGCUAGCAGCCUCCAGAAUCCCCUGGGGGGGGUGGUGGUGUGGUACAGCAGGACCCCAUGAGAAUCCCUUAUGAGCACAUGGAUCCCACGUGGUGCUGGGAUCCAGUGGAUCCCCCAUGAGUACAGAGGGCACCCCAGGAGCCCUAUAGAUCCCUUACCAGUACCAGGAUAGCGUGGGCCUCCAGGGAUCCCACAUGAACCCAGUGGAUCCCAUGUGGGGCUGGGACCCAGUGGAUCCCAUGCCAGCAGCCCCAAGGCAGGGGUACAGCAGGACCCCAUGAGAAUCCCUUAUGAGCACAUGGAUCUCCUGUGGUGCUGGGAUCCAGUGGAUCCCCUGUGAGUACAGGGGCCACCACGUGAGCCUAUAUGAGCCCUAUAGGUCCCUUAGGAGUACCAGGACAGUGUCAGACUCCAGGAGGUCCCACGUGGGGCCGGAACCUAGUGGAUCCCAUGCCAGCAGUCUCCAGCACCCCGUGUGUGUACAGCAGGACCUCAUGAAUCCCCCGUGAGCAUGUGGAUCCCACGUGGUGCUGGGAUCCAGUGGAUCCCCCGCGAGUACAGGGGGCACUGCGGGAACCUGUAAGAGCCCUAUAGAUCCCUUACAACUACUA